AUGUGCCGUUUGCUUGCGGUGAUCGCCUGCCUCGCCAAAGUCGCCAUCGCCACCUGCCCUGACGAUCCCGAGGUGGACCUUUGCGAGUCAACCGGCGACGAGACGGCUUCCGGAUUCCGCGGCUCGCCAUGGAUGGCGCUGGUGCUGCCUCUCGCCACGGCCCGGCCCAAGGUUGCCACUGGCUUGGCGUUGGUGCUGGCGCUGGCCGUCGGGGCGGAGGCCGUGACUUGCGGCGAGUUGAAGGACUUUUACAAGAGUGAGCAGUGCUGUGGCUCCCCGACCACGGUGCUGAGCAACCCCGUGCCGGGCACUCCCGCUUGCCCAUACAACUUCAACAAGCCAGCUUGCAACAUGGCCGAGCCUCAGACACCUCGUGAUCUCUCAACUGGCGCGACAGGCAGCAUGGUGCCGAAGGCGGCUACUCUGACGGAUGCUCAGGCGGACUUCCUGCCGCUGGUGAACGUGCACUUCCACUUGGGGGCUGAGCAUAAGAGUGAUGCCUACAACAACGGAACCGACGCAGAGGCGUACGACGCGGCCUCCUCCGGCAGGCGCCUGGCCGGCAACCCACGGCCUGGGUUCAUGUGCCCCACGGACACGCUCACUGACGCACAGAUGACGCCGUACGCCUUUCAGUACUGCAAGGGUGACGUGCAGGUCGGCAAAUCCUACGAGGUCCACUACGUGCACUCUUCAGCCGGCACCGACUACAAUGCUUCGGACGACAUCACUGCGGACCUCCUCGCUGAUGGUUUGGGAGGUGCCGCAAACGGUCGUGGCCUUCUGAACCCUAUGGUCGUGGUGCAGGGCCAGAUCUACCAGAUCGUGAACGGGGGGCCUACUGUGAACGACCUGCUGCAUGGCUGGACUGUGGUUGGGCACAACAAUUCAGUCAUGUACUCUGGGUCAACCACCGGCCAGUCGCACGACAACUCAGUGUGCUCUCCGUACGUCAUCACUUGGCACGUUGACAAGGAUUGCCACCAGGUUUCUCCCGAGUCUUUCGACAACCUCUGCAAGCAGAUGAAGGACCUUUACGGGAUGUCGGUCGACCUCGAACCCCACGGCUCCCGCAUUCUGGUGUCUUCGGCCUACGUGGUGCGCUCUGAGUACGUUGCUCACCUGUGCAACGCCCAUCACGACGUCCCUGUAGGACGAGAUUACGUGCAGGCCGCCCGCUCCAUGGGCUCGAUGGGACUCCAGGCCGCCGCGCACGUGCGCCACGUGGCUCGCGAGCACCGGCUCUCCGAACGCCUGGACGGCGCACUGAGCGGCGUCCGCUCUUUCGACGAGCGCUGGCGGGUCUCCGAGCGGACGCAGGCCGCAGCCGUGAGCUCGGCAGUGGCCUUGCGAGACCUGGAUGAGAGGCACCAGGUCAGCUCUACUGUCGCCAAAGGCGCCAUCAGAGCCGGACAAGGUGCCGGGUCACUUCUGGGCCCUGCCGCCUCCUGG